AUGGCCGACGCCGCACCCACCACGGCGACCGCAACACCAAAUCCAGCUCCAACCAGUACCACCGCGAACACUACAACCAGCGCAUCAAACACCACAAAUCAGGCAUCGCAAAACGCAACGACGCAAAACACAAUGCCCUCGAACGCAGCUACAACGAAUAAAAACCCUGGCGCAAACCCUACUGCUGCUGCUUCUUCAACGGGCGCGAACGGCAGCAACAACAACAGCGCAGCAGCGGCAGCAAACAACGAGAACCGCGGCUUACCAUACUACGAAAAACUACGUCGCGAGCUACGCGACACUCUGCAGAAGAAGAGGCUUAUGGAUAAAAGCAUGGCCCAACUUGAAGAACAAAUCUACCGCUUUGAGCAAUCAUACCUCGAAGACACCAGCGCCGGCAACAUAAUCAAGGGCUUCGACAACUACAUCAAAGGAUCAAGCAGCUCUUCGGGUCUGGGAGGAAGUGGUGGGGCAGGCAGUUUAUCGAUUUCGGGCUCGACGGGCACCGCGAUUACAGGUGGAAGACGGAAAGCUGCGUUUUCGGAGGUUGAUAGGGUUUUCAGUAGGAGUUCGGCUUCGUUUAUGAGAGAUUCUCCAGCCCCGUCAUCGGCCCAAACUACACCUUCACACGCACCGACCCCGACAUCUUCGCAUGGCGGACCUUCCUUAACACUAAACAAUGGCAACGGAAACGGCACAAGCACCAAGUCCGAAGGCUCAAAGGGAGGAUCGUCGAAAAACAAAAAGAAAAGCGGUGGUGGGUCUGGAUCAGCGUCUACACCCGUGGCGACGAAGGAUGAAGAUGAUUUUGAUUUUGAUGGGUCAAGUAAGCCGCCUGCGAAGAGAUUGAAGAUUACCUAUGGGCGGGAUUGA